AACCGAAACUUCAGAGUGACUUAAGAUGUACAUCCGUGUAUGAGUAUAAAUAUUUACUACCAUAAUGUAAACAAUUUACACACAUAAUACAGGCGGAAGGUUUGUUUGCUUCUCCGCCCACAACCUAUUGUUGUUACUCCGCCCACUUUUAGGAGCAAAUUGGCGACUUUAUGGUUUUAGUUUGUCAAAAUCGCACUGACUGGAACGACUCGACAUGAGCACAAGACGACACCUAACACGCGAAACAUGUGGACAAAAGUGAGAAACAACAGCAGAUAUCCUCUCGAUGAACCACAGGAACACAACCUCACACAGAUUAGAUCUCCGGUGUUUUCAUGGCUUCCCUUCAGCUCAGAAAGAAAUGGCUCAAUAACUGCCAAUCCACCUGCUCACGAUGGGAACCCUGCUGAAAGAACCAGUGGCAUCAUACCAGGUGCGAUAGCUGGAGCAGUGUUCAUUGGCUUUCUGUUAGCCCUAUAUGCCGUCCUCUGGAAGUGCAUGGUUACACAACCUAAAAGGAGGAAAAGAAGAAGUAUAAAGGGUCGUGAACAGAGGUCACUCAGGUGCUGACUUGGGGAUAGAAAGCGUCCUCAAGUUUUACUAACUGAUCUGAGGUCAGAUUUUACCAUGUAUCGGAACUUAGUCUCAUAAACUGUGUUUAUGCACACAUUGUUUUAGACUAAUGGACUAUUUCAUGGAUGAGGAAACUUAAUCCCAGUGUUUUCUAGUUCUGUAAGGUCAAAGACGAUCAGUGUCUGUUUAUUUCCAUAAGUCAUCCGUCUGUAGACUUUAUCCGCUAAGACCUAGGGAGUUACAUUUCGGGAAAUGGUCAUGGAUAAAAAGUGUAAAUUCAGGAUUUUUUCAUGAAACUUAGUCUUUGAAUAUAUAUUUCAAUUGCACAAGCCCAGACGUCCACUUGGUGUAUUUGUAAGUGGUAUACAACAAGCAAAAGGUCCACUAGAUGGCAUAUGGCACCAACAUAACAUUUAUUUUUUGGUAACAAGUCACCCUAGACAUAUGCGUAAUCUUUCAGUUUUUAAAUGUUUUCUUUAACUGCUGUUAUCUUUGCUAAUUGAUAGAUGAUCAUGCCAUAAGAGACUUGACUGUUGUUUUUUAAACCCUUUGACCAAGAUGAACUCUGCACCAGUGGACUAUAAGUGAGUGAGUGAGUGCAUGUGCAUGUGUUUUUUGCAUGCGUAGCAGUAUUGGCCAUAGAGCAGCAGAAAUCUGGGUUAAAGUUUCAAUAUCCUUGUCUACGUGUGUAUUAACAUACGGAAACAGAUUGCACAUUUUUAUUGUAGGUUGUUUGUUUGCACAGUUUAUGUAUGAGUACACUUUAUUUUUCUACUAAGUUAGGAUUAUUAAUGAGAAUACUGUUUUGCCACUGGUGUGUUGCACUCAUAUUUGAUAUUGUAUGUUAUGAAUGUAUGAGCAUGUUUAAUAAUAGCAUGCUACUGUAGAUGCCUGUUAAUGUGAACUCACUAAUGCCUUACUGUAAGACAAGUUUAAAUAGUACUACAUACUCUGCAUACUAGAAGAUUUGCAAGUACACUGUCAGAGUAUGAGGUACAAGAGCUGUCAUUGGGAUGGUACCCUUUAAAAAUAUCCUGAUACAUACAAUUUUGAGUACAGAUAUGUACCUUUGAGGUAUACUAAUAUGCACCCUUUUAUGUACAAAUGAGUACUUUUUUUAAAGGGUAUCGCCCUGUUUUUGAAAAGAAGGGCAUUAAUUAUACACUUUUUUUUAUUUACAUAAUUCCCACAAUUAAAAAUAAAUGCUAGUUUCAUUUCA